AUGUUGGGUUUUUUGAAAAAAUCCAUCAAAUCAACUGAAUCUUUGGAUCAGAAUGAAAUCGUUGUGGCUCAGACACAAGAAGAAGAAGAGCCAACAGAAAGCUUCUGCCUGGUACAACCAAUUGAAAUUGGCCAAGUCAUCAGCCAAGAAACAACCGAGACCUCUGGCGUUACCAGCUGCCAAGAGGAACCAGUGCAAGAAGAACAAACUGGCACCAACAACUGCCAAGAAAGCCCAGAGGAAGAGGAUCUGGGAAAUGAGGAGGAGCCGGAGGAAAGUGCUCAGGAAGAACAAGUGAUUGAGCACGAGGGGGAGAAUUCCAUCAACUCCCCCCAACCACCAACCCAAUCCAUCAACUUCCUCCACUGUCAGGAAUCAUCUGGCACCAACAACUGCCAGGAAAGCCCAGAGGAAGAGGAUCUGGGAAAUGAGGAGGAGCCGGAGGAAAGUGCUCAGGAAGAACAAGUGAUUGAGCUCGAGGGGGAGAAUUCCAUCAACUCCCCCCAACCACCAACCCAAUCCAUCAACUUCCUCCACUGUCAGGAAUCAUCUGGCACCAACACCAGCCAGGAAAGCCCAGAGGAAGAGGAUCUGGGAAAUGAGGAGGAGCCGGAGGAAAGUGCUCAGGAAGAACAAGUGAUUGAGCACGAGGGGGAGAAUUCCAUCAACUCCCCCCAACCACCAACCCAAUCCAUCAACUUCCUCCACUGUCAGGAAUCAUCUGGCACCAACACCUGCCAGGAAAUCCCAGAGGAAGAGGAUCUGGGAAAUGAGGAGGAGCCGGAGGAAAGUGCUCAGGAAUCAUCUGGCACCAACAACUGCCAGGAAAGCCCAGAGGAAGAGGAUCUGGGAAAUGAGGAGGAGCCGGAGGAAAGUGCUCAGGAAGAACAAGUGAUUGAGCACGAGGGGGAGAAUUCCAUCAACUCCCCCCAACCACCAACCCAAUCCAUCAACUUCCUCCACUGUCAGGAAUCAUUUGGCAACAACAACUGCCAGGAAAGCCCAGAGGAAGAGGAUCUGGGAAAAGAGGAGGAGCCGGAGGAAAGUGCUCAGGAAUCAUCUGGCACCAACAACUGCCAGGAAAGCCCAGAGGAAGAGGAUCUGGGAAAUGAGGAGGAGCCGGAGGAAAGUGCUCAGGAAGAACAAGUGAUUGAGCACGAGGGGGAGAAUUCCAUCAACUCCCCCCAAUCACCAACCCAAUCCAUCAACUUCCUCCACUGUCAGGAAUCAUCUGGCACCAACAACUGCCAGGAAAGCCCAGAGGAAGAGGAUCUGGGAAAUGAGGAGGAGCCGGAGGAAAGUGCUCAGGAAGAACAAGUGAUUGAGCACGAGGGGGAGAAUUCCAUCAACUCCCCCCAACCACCAACCCAAUCCAUCAACUUCCUCCACUGUCAGGAAUCAUCUGGCACCAACAACUGCCAAGAAAGCCCAGAGGAAGAGGAUCUGGGAAAUGAGGAGGAGCCGGAGGAAAGUGCUCAGGAAGAACAAGUGAUUGAGCACGAGGGGGAGAAUUCCAUCAACUCCCCCCAACCACCAACCCAAUCCAUCAACUUCCUCCACUGUCAGGAAUCAUUUGGCAACAACAACUGCCAGGAAAGCCCAGAGGAAGAGGAUCUGGGAAAAGAGGAGGAGCCGGAGGAAAGUGCUCAGGAAUCAUCUGGCACCAACAACUGCCAGGAAAUCCCAGAGGAAGAGGAUCUGGGAAAUGAGGAGGAGCCGGAGGAAAGUGCUCAGGAAGAACAAGUGAUUGAGCUCGAGGGGGAGAAUUCCAUCAACUCCCCCCAAUCACCAACCCAAUCCAUCAACUUCCUCCACUGUCAGGAAUCAUCUGGCACCAACACCAGCCAGGAAAGCCCAGAGGAAGAGGAUCUGGGAAAUGAGGAGGAGCCGGAGGAAAGUGCUCAGGAAGAACAAGUGAUUGAGCACGAGGGGGAGAAUUCCAUCAACUCCCCCCAACCACCAACCCAAUCCAUCAACUUCCUCCACUGUCAGGAAUCAUCUGGCACCAACACCAGCCAGGAAAGCCCAGAGGAAGAGGAUCUGGGAAAUGAGGAGGAGCCGGAGGAAAGUGCUCAGGAAGAACAAGUGAUUGAGCACGAGGGGGAGAAUUCCAUCAACUCCCCCCAACCACCAACCCAAUCCAUCAACUUCCUCCACUGUCAGGAAUCAUCUGGCACCAACAACUGCCAGGAAAGCCCAGAGGAAGAGGAUCUGGGAAAUGAGGAGGAGCCGGAGGAAAGUGCUCAGGAAGAACAAGUGAUUGAGCACGAGGGGGAGAAUUCCAUCAACUCCCCCCAACCACCAACCCAAUCCAUCAACUUCCUCCACUGUCAGGAGGAAAACAAAACUCCGCUCUCAAAGAUACUCCCGAAAACCGAGAAACAUCUAAAAAUCGGAAGAGUCAUUGGAGAGGGUCCAUUUUGUCGAGUUCAUCUGGGAUGGCAUAUUGACCUACAAAAAGAAGUGGCCAUAAAGAUCAUCAAUGACCCGGAGAAUGAAAAAUACCAGGAAGAAGAACUGGAAAUCCUCCGGAAGGUCACCGGCCACCGCAAUGUCAUCAAGUUUUACGGGGCAUUUUAUCACCGGGCCCCGCGCAGGAGCACGCCGAAUAAAGGUCUAUCGAUCUCUAUGGAACUGUGCACUGGUGGGACCAUCCGUGACCUCAUGAGCGGAAGGAAAAACAAUUCUUUGGGCGAGAAGUGGACGGCUUAUAUCUGUAAAGAGGUGAUAAAGGGUCUGUGCCACCUAGAGACAGUGGAAGUCAUCCAUCAUGACAUCAAGCCCAUCAAUCUAAUGCUGACGUCAUCCGGCAAUGUUAAGAUUGGUGAUUUCUCAUGCGCCACCAUGGGAAGGAAGAGUUCGAGCACGGAAGGAACUCUAACAUAUAUGGCACCGGAGGCACUUGCCUGUAUGAGAAAGAAGAACCUUGACUAUGACCACAAGGCGGACAUCUGGUCAUUGGGAGUGUCAGCCCUGGAAAUGGUAGAAGGUUAUCUCCCAUACGGACAGCUCAGUAAACAUCAGCUGAUGAACCAGAUUCUUUUUGGUCCUGCUUUAAGACCAACCUGGGACAAAUGGAGUGAAGAAUUCAAUUUCUUCAUCCAAGAAUGCGUGCAGAAAAACCCAGCAAAAAGACCAAGCGCACGGCAGCUUCUCCAUCACCCCUUUAUCAGCAACCUGUGUGAUGAAGCAGCUGUGAAGAGGAGCAUUGCAAAACAACUGCAAAGAGGCUGGAAGAACUGAAGACCUGAGGCAGCCAUCGGGGGGAGGGACGGGGGCACCGGGGCCCAUUUGUCAUCUUUGGGCCCCACUAUAACAUCUUGGUCCCCGAUGGCAGCCGACAUGAAAGAAAUCAGAUCACAACAUCGAUCUGUUUGUAAAUGACUAAUAAACAUUUGGCAAUUUG